UAGGGCUUUAAACCUUUUAAAGUCUCUCAUGCGAUCUUCAUCGUUAAUGGCUUCCAGAACCCUUUUAGAAACCAAACGGUAUACACCAGAAGAAUGGAAACGACGUUGUGAACAAAUUGAUAUUUCAAAGACUGCUUUAAAUUACUUGAUAUUAAAUUUUUUUAUUAUUGAAGGAUAUGAAUCAUCAGCUUUAAAGUUUAUUGAAGAAGCACGUCUUUCUCCUCUAGAAGGUCUUGAAUGGAUGGGAGAACGGAUGAAUGUUUUGAAUGCGAUUUACCGGGGCGAUAUUUUGUCUGCAAUUGAAAAAAUGAAUGAAAUGGAUCCAGAGCUUUUAGAUACCCGACCUGCUGUUCAUUUUAUGUUAUUGCGUUUGCAAUUGAUUGAACUUAUACGAAUUGCAUUAUAUUCUCCUAAUACGGAUCUUAUGCCUAUUUUAGAGUUUGCAGAGAUACAUUUAGCAUCAAGAGCGCCUAAAGAUGCAGGAUUUUUGCAAGAUCUGGAGUCUGCAAUGGCUUUGCUAUGUUUUUCAUCGAAUAAUCUAAUACCAGCUUUAAAACCAUUGCUAGAUCUUUCUUUACGAAAGACAGUUGCUUCAAGCGUUAAUACAGCUAUACUUGAAGCUCAGGGUUUACUACAACAAUCAAAAAUUAAAACUCUUUUGCGUUUAUGGGGUUGGAGCGAGAAAAAACUAAGAAAAGAACUAGAUUUUCCUACAUUUAACUUCACCGAGAACUAAUCAAGAUAACAUGAUGCAUUUCUAGACAGAUUUUCUUUCUUUUU